AUGUGGGCAUCAAAACCAUACCCCCCCUCUCCACCAAACGAUGAAGUCAACUCCAUCAUCUCCGUAGCCAAGGGCUUCCUCGCCGCCAUCUCUGCCAAGUCCAGGGAGAGCUUUGAACGCCACUGCGUCGCCGCAGGGGGGAUGGCCCUGUCGCCGCCGGGAGCGAGCCCGUUGCGCUUCUGUACGAUCGGGGCGUUUGUCGAGCGCGUCUCAGCCGUCAAGGAUGAGAUCGAUGAGCGCAUCUGGGAUCCAGAAGUGAAAGUGCAUGGGGCGGGCAAUCUGGCCGCCGUGUGGGCGCCGUUUCGCUCCGUGGUGAACGGCGUCGUGGAUCAUGUCGGCGUCGAGCUUUUCAUCUUGCAUAAGAUUAAUGGCGAGUGGAAAGUCACCGGGCUGGCAGAUUCGUGUCGCUGGCCGACGGACGAGGAGAAGGUGCGUUUGAAGUAA